AUGCCGAGAGCAGACACCGCUGCUGGCAGCGGUGACCGUGAGGUGUCCCCGCGCGGUGCCUCCCCCGCACCGGCCCGGCCACCGCAGAGGCGGGGAAGGCGCCCGGCCCUUCUCCCCCCACCAGCGGGGCAGGCGUUACCGGCCAUGCCAGCUCCCCAGGACAGGCUCCGAGGAGAGGACUCCGCUGUUGUGACUCCAAUUAUCCUUAGAACAGAUCCACAGGGAUUUUUCUUUUACUGGACAGAUCAAAAUAAGGAGACUGAGCUGCUAGAUAUCAGCCUUGUCAAAGAUGCCAGAUGUGGAAAACAUGCCAGAGCUCCCAAGGAUCCAAAACUGCGGGAACUGUUGGAUGCUGGGAACAUUGGAGGUCGGCUGGAAAACCGAAUGAUAACUGUUGUCUAUGGUCCAGACCUGGUCAAUAUAUCAUACUUGAACUUGGUGGCAUUUCAGGAGGAUAUAGCAAAGGAAUGGUCAGAUGAAGUGUUCAGUUUGGCAACAAACUUGUUGGCACAGAACAUGUCAAGGGACGCAUUUCUGGAAAAAGCUUACACAAAACUGAAGCUGCAGGUGACUCCAGAAGGGCGCAUUCCUCUGAAGAACAUAUACCGCUUGUUUUCCUCUGACAGAAAACGGGUAGAGACCGCGUUAGAAGCUUGUAAUCUUCCAUCUUCCAGGAAUGAUUCCAUCCCACAAGAUGACUUCACACCAGAAGUGUACAGGGUAUUCUUAAACAACCUCUGCCCUCGGCCUGAGAUCGACCACAUCUUUUCCGAGUUUGGUGCCAAGAGCAAACCUUACCUUACUGUUGAUCAGAUGAUGGAAUUCAUAAAUUUCAAGCAACGUGAUCCACGAUUAAAUGAAAUCCUUUAUCCACCUUUAAAACAAGAACAAGUUCAACAGCUGAUUGAGAAGUAUGAACCCAACAGUAAUCUAGCAAAGAAAGGACAGAUAUCGGUGGAUGGAUUUAUGAGAUAUCUGAGUGGAGAAGAAAAUGGUGUUGUUCCACCUGAGAAACUGGAUUUAAAUGAAGACAUGUCUCAACCACUGUCACACUAUUUCAUCAAUUCCUCACACAACACCUACCUCACAGCUGGACAGCUGGCCGGGAACUCAUCGGUGGAGAUGUAUCGGCAAGUGCUUUUGUCAGGCUGCCGCUGUGUGGAGCUGGACUGCUGGAAAGGAAGAACAGCUGAAGAAGAGCCAGUCAUUACACAUGGAUUCACCAUGACGACAGAAAUAUCCUUCAAGGAAGUAAUAGAAGCUAUCGCUGAAUGUGCAUUUAAGACAUCGCCCUUUCCAAUCCUCCUUUCCUUUGAAAAUCACGUGGAUUCCCCUAAACAACAGGCAAAAAUGGCAGAGUACUGCAGAUUGAUAUUUGGAGAUGCACUGCUUAUGGAUCCAUUGGAAAAAUACCCGCUGGAACCUGGGGUUCCUCUUCCAAGCCCUAUGGAUUUAAUGUACAAAAUUCUGGUGAAGAAUAAAAAGAAGUCGCAUAAGUCUGCAGAUGGAAGUGCAAAGAAGAAGCUCUCGGAGCAAGCUUCCAACACAUGCAGCGAUACAUCUAGUAUGUUUGAACCUUCCUCCCCUGGAGCAGGAGAAGCAGAGAUCGAGAGCGAUGACGAUGACGACUAUGAUGAUGACUGUAAAAAGUCGUCGAUGGAUGAAGGUACUGCUGGAAGUGAGGCUAUGGCCACAGAAGAGAUGUCUAACCUGGUGAACUACAUUCAACCUGUGAAGUUUGAGUCAUUUGAAGUAUCAAAAAAACGGAACAAAAGUUUUGAAAUGUCUUCCUUUGUGGAAACCAAAGGGCUUGAGCAACUGACAAAGUCUCCUGUGGAGUUUGUGGAAUACAACAAAAUGCAGCUAAGCCGGAUUUACCCAAAGGGAACACGUGUAGAUUCUUCAAACUACAUGCCACAAGUCUUCUGGAAUGCUGGCUGCCAAAUGGUUGCUCUUAACUUCCAAACUGUAGAUUUGUCUAUGCAAAUAAAUAUGGGAAUGUAUGAGUACAAUGGCAAAAGCGGAUACAGGUUAAAGCCAGAAUUCAUGAGAAGACCAGACAAACACUUUGAUCCAUUUACUGAAGGUAUAGUGGAUGGAAUAGUAGCUAACACCUUGUCUGUCAAGAUAAUUUCAGGUCAGUUUCUUUCUGAUAAAAAAGUUGGUACCUAUGUAGAGGUUGACAUGUUUGGCCUGCCUGUGGAUACAAGAAGAAAAGCUUUGAAGACCAAGACCUCUCAAGGCAAUGCAGUUAAUCCUGUCUGGGAAGAGGAGACCAUCGUGUUUAAGAAGGUCGUUUUACCUUCCCUGGCAUGUUUGAGGUUAGCAGUGUAUGAAGAAGGAGGGAAAUUUAUUGGUCAUCGGAUAUUACCAGUCUCAGCAAUUCGACCAGGCUAUCACUACAUCUGUUUGAGGAAUGAGAGGAAUCAGCCUUUGACACUGCCAGCUCUCUUUGUGUACAUAGAGGUCAAAGACUAUGUACCUGAUACUUAUGCAGAUGUGAUUGAGGCCUUAUCCAAUCCAAUCAGAUAUGUAAACUUGAUGGAGCAGAGAGCCAAGCAACUGGCUGCAUUGACUCUGGAAGAUGAGGAGGAGGUAAAGAAAGAGAUUGACCAUGGAGAUGCACCAUCUGAAGCUAACAGUGAACCUAGGCCAACACCAGCAGAAAAUGGACUAAAUUGCACUGCCUCUCUUACACCGAAACCAGCAACUCAGGUUGUCCACAGCCAACCAGCACCAGGUUCGGUGAAAGCACCUGCAAAGACAGAAGAUCUUAUUCAGAGCGUCCUCACAGAAGUGGAAGCACAGACUAUUGAGGAGCUAAAACAACAGAAGUCUUUUGUUAAGCUUCAGAAAAAACAUUACAAGGAAAUGAAGGACCUUGUAAAGAGGCACCACAAGAAAACCACUGACCUUAUCAAAGAGCACACUGCAAAGUAUAAUGAGAUCCAGAAUGACUACCUGCGACGGAGAGCAGUUUUAGAAAAAACAGCAAAAAGAGACAGUAAGAAAAGAUCUGAAACGGGCAGCCCAGACCACAGUUCUUCAACUAUUGAACAGGAAUUAGCUGCCCUGGACUCUGAAAUGACCCAGAAGCUAGUGGAGCUGAAGGAGAAACAACAACAGCAGCUGCUAAAUCUCCGACAGGAGCAGUAUUACAGUGAAAAGUACCAGAAACGAGAGCAUAUUAAGCUGCUUAUUCAGAAGUUGACAGAUGUAGCAGAGGAGUGCCAGAGCAGCCAGCUAAAGAAACUGAAAGAAACAUGUGAAAAAGAAAAGAAAGAAUUGAAGAAAAAAAUGGACAAGAAGAGGCAGGAGAAGAUCACAGAAGCAAAGUCCAAGGAUAAAAAUCAAAUGGAAGAAGAGAAGACUGAAAUGAUUCGAUCUUAUAUCCAGGAAGUGGUGCAGUACAUAAAACGGCUAGAAGAUGCUCAGAGUAAAAGACAGGAGAAACUUGUAGAGAAACAUAAGGAGAUUCGUCAGCAAAUACUGGAUGAAAAGCCUAAGUUGCAGGUGGAACUUGAUCAGGAAUACCAAGACAAAUUCAAAAGACUGCCUUUGGAAAUCCUGGAGUUCGUACAGGAAGCCAUGAAAGGGAAAAUCAGCGAAGAUGGAGACCACAGUUCUGCCCCCUCUUCCCUGGCAUCUGACAGUGGAAAAUCAAAUCAUAAACCUCUGCAAAGCGAAGAGGAAUUGGAAGAAGAUAAUCCAGAAAAAGUGUUUGAUACUACUUUGUAA